UGGUUUGAGUCUGACCACUCUCUAGUCACUCCCACCGCAUCCGAUUCCAAUCAAAGCAUUAAUAAUGUGGUUUUAGAAUAGUAGCCAUAAACUAAAAAUUAUCGGUAAAUGGUCAACGCAGCAGUGAGCUGAGCCUACAGAGAGAGAGAGAGAGAGAGAGAGAGAGAGAGAGAGUUAUAGUUUCUAGUUUCGAUGGCAACGAAGCGGAAGCAGAAAAAGAAAGAGGGUUUGGGAUGGAUAGAAUGGUUGAGAGGUUGGAUGUAUUUGAUAUACGAAAUGCUGUUCCAGAGGAUCUCGGCAAGCCACUUGCACAACCCCAUGCCUUUGCCUCCCGGGCUCAACGAUCUCACCUGCAUAGUCACCGGCUCCACCAGUGGCAUUGGCCGUGAAACCGCUAGGCAAUUGGCGGAGGCAGGGGCACACGUCAUCAUGGCUGUCAGGAACCCUAAGGCCGCUCACCAAUUGAUCCUCGAUUGGCAAAACCAAUGGUCCCUUUCCGGAGGAGGAUUGGCUCUCCCUCUCAAUAUUGAGGUUAUGGAACUCGAUCUUCUCUCAUUGGAUUCCGUCGCCAGAUUCGCCCAAGCAUGGAAUGCACGUUUAGGACCUUUACAUGUUCUUAUUAACAAUGCCGGAAUAUUUUCCAUCGGAGAGCCUCAAAAAUUUUCGAAAGAUGGGUAUGAAGAACACAUGCAAGUAAAUCAUCUGGCUCCAGCUUUGCUUUCAGUAUUGCUUUUGCCAUCUCUUAUCAGAGGCUCUCCAAGUCGAAUUAUUAAUGUGAAUUCUGUUAUGCAUUAUGUUGGCUUUGUUGACACAGAAGAUAUGAAUGUUGUUUCUGGGAAAAGGAAAUUUACAAGCCUAGUGGGAUACUCAAGCAGCAAGCUAGCACAGGUUAUGUUUAGCAGUGUCCUCCAUAAGCGGCUACCUGCUGAAUCUGGCAUUUGUGUAUUAUGUGCAUCUCCUGGAAUUGUUCAAACAAAUGUUGCAAGGGAUCUUCCCAAAAUUGUUCAAGCUGCUUAUCAUCUGGUACCCUAUUUUAUGUUUAAUGCUCAAGAAGGUUCAAGGAGUGCUCUUUUUGCAGCCACAGAUCCUCAGGUUCCAGAGUACUGUGAGUUGUUGAAAGCAGAUGAGUGGCCUGUUUGUGCUUACCUCUCACAAGAUUGCCGCCCAACAAAUCCUUCAGAAGAAGCACACAACCUUGAGACAUCAUUCCAAGUCUGGGAGAAGACAUUAGAGAUGGUUGGCCUUCCUUCAGAUGCAGUGGAGAGGCUUAUAGAAGGGGAAGAAGUUCUAUGCCGAUAUGGGGCUCAAAGGGGGUAGUUUUUUUUAUUACCGGUUCACUAUGAUAGUGCUAGAUUAUAUUCAAAGGGUGCAGUCUAAACGCUCAUCCAAGAUACUGUAAAGGCUGGUUUCUUGAUUGCAAAGUGAUGGCUAUUCUUUUAUUAAGUAGGCAGAAAAACUGAAGUGCAUGUCAUUCUAGUACAAUUAUAUUUUGUGCACCACUGUGGGGCUCCUUGACAUACGAAUGCAUGCAUGCAUUUGACCUUUGUUAGGUGGUCUUCUGUCCCUCUGAGUUAAGGGACAAUUUGUUAUUUGGUAGGAUACCAACAUAGGAAUUAGAGUGAAUUAUUACGUCUC